AUGCCUAAUGUGUCUGAUGGUCCAAGUCCCGUGCAGCUUUCACCCGCUUCUUCCCUCAAACGCAGAGCUUCAUUCUCAUCCUCUCACACUUCCGAUCACAGUCAUCGCUCGCCGCCUUUAUCACCUGAGAUAGGAUACAACGCUGCUCAUCAAUACUCCACCAAUCCUCCGGCACCUGGCGGUACCGCAUCUGUCCGACGGCGUGAAGCGAACCGACUAGCAGCUCAGCGGUUCAGGAGUCGAAAGAAGGGAUAUCAAGAUAGUCUAGAAGAGAGAAUUCGAGUGUUAGAAUCCGAGAAAGAAGUCUUGAUCCGACAGGUCGACGAAAGUCUCUCUCGUACCGGUCACCCUUCCACAUCCCUCCAACCUCGUUCCUCUAAUCUUCGUCAUGCCCAAGUAGAUAGUGAUGGUGUAGACGGAGCUCAUUGGCCUGGAAAACGCAAUUCCAAUCCUACUCAUCUAUCAACCUCGCCUGAGCGUAGAGAAACUCCUCUUGAUACGGAUGUUCGUAUAGCUUCGCUCGAAUCAGCCAAUAGACGAUUGCAAGAUGACGUGCGGAAUCUCAUUGAGGAGAACGAACAGCUAAGAGAUGAAGUGAGGAGAUGGAGAACAUGGCAUGGAGAAAAUGAUCACUCUCGUCGUAUGGAUAUGGCAGAUGAUCAUCAUCGUCGUCGGUCUCAUCGGUUAGAUAUGGUGGAUGGAGAUUCCCACGACCGUUCUCAUCGCCACGAUAUGAUGGAUGGAGAUCAUUCUCCUCGCAUGGAUAGGGUUGAUGGUCACACGCCUCGUCAGGACAGGGUUGAUGGUCACAUACCUCGACUGGACAGGGUCGAUGGCCAUACUCCCCAUUCCCACCACGCAAACAUGGUGGACGGAGAUAAUCCUCGACCAAACCUUCCGCCCCUUGAUCGCUCCAUGGCUUAUCCAAGCUCUUCCUCUUCCUCUUCGUUCGGGUCAACACCACACUCAAGUUCUGAAUCUUUUCCCCGAUCCACCCACCAGGAUGGAUCAAAUAUACAGUUACCACCUCUUCGACUUCCCCCUAUCCGUAGUGCCCUGCCAGGCAAUGCCUCCACAACACUUCCCUCUCCGUCCCUGCCAAUCUCCCUUAGAAGCUUUGACGGUCCAUCUCGUGAUCGCCAACCACAUAUGGACGGACAUCGUUGA